UCACAUACAGGAGGACAUUUUAUAAGAAAAUAGUUUAACAUCCAUGUGAAUGAAGGUGACGCGGUGUCUGGGGCCCUGCGGAUUCCGGUACCGGGGCCCGCACUGGGUCAGGACGAGCUCUCAGCCCCGGGCUUGUCUUUGUUUGGCCCCAUGAAGUCUACUCCGUCCACGGGGAUAUCUUUAUCCUUUAUGGCUUUCUGUGUGAAGAGAGGGAUAGUUAGGAGAUACGGCGACCGAUACCCAGGUCCCCCCGGUCCGCUCCCGGUCCUCCCUACCUGCACGCACAGCCGGUACCGUUGGAAGAGCUCCGUGCACGGGUCCCCGCUGCCCUCACCCUUCAGGAACUUCUCUGCGAACCAGCGAUUGAAACACUGGUCGUACUCGUGCUUCAUGUCCGUGCACUCCUCCCCCACGCUGUUCAUAUUGUUGGAAGACAGGAUACCACCGAGCGAACGCGCUUCUUAACCCACGUGACCACCUCUACCGAGAACCAGCGGCCAUUUGACAGACGGGAAGAAACACGGCGGCCAUCUUCUAGUGGGGCAGAGUUCCGGCCGCCAUCUUGGAAUAGGGCACAUUGCCGGGCGUAAGCUAGAGCCACCCUCUUUAAAAAUGGCGACUCAAUUAACUCGUCAAGGUCACGUUAUAAAGCUCGGCCACCGACGUCACAAACAAGCGACAAGGGCAAUAAUGUUGCGGAGAGCUGCAGCUUUGUGCCGACACCGGGUUAACAGUGUGUGUAGGACUCUAUGUAUUCAGAGUAAGGUGAGAUAAACUGCAUUUCACUUCUGGUAACAUACCCGUGCAUUGACAGCAUCCUAGACAAUUCAGAGGUAUUACUGGAGGGGACACAAAACACUCAGAUAAUAAUAACUGCUUCUCUUAUUUGAAGGUACCACAGAAACCAACAUGGAAUCUGGAGCCUGAGCCGGACAGACAGCUAAUGGUAAAUGUCUGUGUGAGAUAUAUAUAUAUAGUCGUCCUAUCGAUUAAAGUUAUAAUCUAUAUUAUCACAUGAUCCCUCUAUUCUCUCCAGGAUGUUCACAUUGCUGUAGAAGUGAUUGAUCACUUGGAAAGAUUGGCACUGGUUGAUUUCCGAAACAAGGAAGGUGUCCAGCGGCUGGAGAAUGCAGUCCAAUUCGCCAAGCAGCUGCAUCAUGUUAAUACAGAUGGCGUAGAACCCUUGGCAUCUGUUCUCGAAGACAGGUACUCUUAUUUAUGAAAGGGUUUUAUGUGCAACAUUUAAUUCUUCAAGCUUGUUUUAUACAUGUCUGCUCCUGACUACAGGCAGCUGUAUAUCAGAAGAGACUGUGUUACCAGUGGAGAUUGUGCAGAAAGUCUACUUGAAAACGCCACCGAUGUUGUAGAAGAAUAUUUUGUAGCACCUCCAGGUAUGAACAUCCAUGUAAAAUGGUAUUUUAGUUCAUUGUUAAUUUUUCCCGCACAUUGAUGGAUUGCUUACUCUACAAACGAUAGCGAAUUAAAACCCUAAUGGAACAGCUAAGCUGUAAAAGACAUUCCACCAAUAAGAUGAUUGCAUACAUGGAAUCAUUGUGAGGGUCACAAGCAGACAGUUUCCCCCACUAAUGUGGAAUUAAGUAUUGUAAAUAUGGGAUGAACACUUACUGGCUACCUUUUACUUUAUAUUUUUAUCUAUCACCAUUUGCAUCUGAAAAUAUUGUGGUGGAAAAAUAUGUUCAUUAAACAUGUUUGGUUUUUACUAGCAGUCUUCUAUUUUAAAUAAUUUGACCAGUCUUUCAAACAAUUUAUGCGAGUGAUGCUCUUAAUUCACAAAACGUACAUACUGAAGGAACACUGUCAGCACCAUAACUACUUCAAUAAGACUGGCUCCACAUUAAUGGUAAAUAGUUCAUGCACGGUUUAGCAGUGAUGCUUAAUCCACUAGAACCUUAAAUGAUGUGGCAUGAAGUUACAGUGAGACAGAGGACAAAAGAACACAUUGCUGAGGACCAAGCAUCAUUGCUAGAGCAAGUAAAUCAUAAAACUCAUCAAAUCACUGCCCAAAAUACUUGGUAUAGUAUAAGGAAAAAUAGCAUAGAUUUAAUCAAUAGAGCCCAGGUUUCAAGGGGACUCAAUCUGUGCUUAAUGGCCGUUAACCAUUAAAUAUCGAUUUUAGGACCCUGCACCUGCAGAGAGAGAUAUACACACACAGUCACCAUGUUUUGAGUGACAAUUCUGUCAAAUAUUUUGAGGGCGGGGGGACGACAUUAAAAUGGUUAUCCUGCAGGAUUCUUCUUUCCCUAAUUUCAGUCUUAUACACCCGAGUUGUAUAUACCACAGGGUAAACCCUUUUCAUGUGCUACCCAUCAAUAUGUAUACCCAAUGUUACCCUAAUAACAUGGUGUAUAUGGUAACCCUAACCACUACAAACUGUUUCAGUACCCCUUUAAUGUACCGUUUUGAGUUUCUUUUUAUGGUACUAUUCCCUUACUUGAUCUUAUUUAUCCCCGCUUUUUCACACAUUUCAAACACAAGUACGUUUAGAUGCAAGACCCAACCAGCAAUAGUUUCUUUCUCGCUUACACUUGGAAAUAUGUAGUAUUUAAAGACUUAACUUUACAGAGUGAUAAGCCAAGAUGCCAUAAAUCCAUGAAAGUUAUGACUUAGUGUUAAAUCUCUUACUAUUCAUCACAAUAUUCCAACAUGUCCAAAAACCACAUUUAUACAAGAUCUUCAAGCAAACAGUCCCCCGUCCUCUUUCAGGGUUAUUCACAACAGUGUAAGUUGUUGCAGACUUUAUUGUAUGCAAUUAGUCUACAGUAGCCUAGCGUUUGAAAUUCACUUUGAAUUCCUGAGAAUUAACACUUUCGAGAAUAACCGCAAAUACAUCUCCAGUGUCCCAUCCUUUCAGAUUGUAAAAGUAAACAGUGAUCCCAAAGUUACUAGCAAUCUGUUUGUCAGUCAGUCUUUUAAUCUAUCAUUGGGGAAGGGGUUAGUACCAUGUAUGUUGUACGUUUUUAAACACAUGACAUUUGCUGUUUCUCCCCUCUUCUUUAAAAGGUAAUAUUCCUCUGGAAACAAAGUUUGACCGUGCCUGUUUGACAAAGUUUGACAAGACUUGAUUAAAAUCCAAGGACCAAAAUUUCCAUUUAUUUGGACAGCUACAGAUGGUUUGUUUAUUUAACUGAAACACUUUCGUAAUAAAAGGAAAAUACAUACAAACUUGAUUUGAGAAUUGGGUUAAAAGGGUAUUUGAAAUAAUAUUGUUCUAACAGAUGGGGAGAUGUAGUUAGAGGACAAGCAUUUAUUCACUUGUUUGUCCCAGUGCCAUAACAUUCCACUGGACUGUUGAUCUCAGUAUAACUAUCACUCACUGUGCAAAAUUAAGCACAGGACACCACAUUAGGCACAUAUCUUCUGCCUUAGAAUAUACAUUUUCCUUACUCUAAACUAAAAACAAAAUCUCAAAAAUACAUCUGAUGCCAAGAAUACACACUGCUUAAAAGAAAAAUCUAAGUGGGAAAAUAAUGGUAUAAAAGACAGUUGAUGAAAUCCAUCAGUUGUGGAAUGUAAGAGCAGAUGGCCUUAAGAAUAAAUUCAUAGAAAGUGUCCCUGUGGCAGCUCAGUACGGUCGGAAAGGAGAGGCGUAGCGGGGAGAACGGCGGCUUUGAUAGGGAGAAUCACGCCCUCUUGAACGGGACCUGGAUCGCGAGUAGCUGGUAUUUCUUUCAGGGCAGACUCUAAUGUAAGACGUUUCACCCUGCAUGACAAUAGAGUGUUAAUCAAAUAAUACCCAUUCUCUAGAUAAAAGCGUAAUAAUAAUAAUAAUAAUAAUAAUAAUAAUAAUAAUAAAGCUCAGUAAUAUUACUUACCUCAUGAGACCGGAAUUUUGUGUCAUCCAGUUUACGCAAUGCAUAUUCCAUGUCUUCUUUGCGUAUGAAUUCAACUAUUCCCAUUCCAUCUUUGUGUACAUCAGCAUAACAGACAUCCCCAGCUUCUCGCAUGUGAUCUUUCAGAUCCUGCCAGCUGCCCGAUGGAGGAAGACCUGAUUGGAUGAAAAUAAGAUGCAAAAGUCAAUUUUGGCACGGGGUGUGGG